AGGAGGUUGGGUGCCAGCGGGCUCAGCCUUAUCUGCAGCAGGGUGGGUGCCAUGCUCAGCCCCGUCCCCGCUCCUUGGGGACCUGCUCCAGGCUCGGGACAGGCGAAGAUCAUGCCUGGAGAAAACCCAGCCUGGUGGGAAGAUGCCUCUGGGCUCCUUCAUGGUCAAACCGGCAUAACCCGUGCCAGGGAGGCGGCAGCACCCAUAGCGAGGACCUGACCCGGUUGCACCGGCACGGUGCCAGGACAGGGGCUGGAUUGGCAGCGGGGGCUCCCGAGAGCCAAGUUUGACCUUCACGGAGCAGGAAAGCGCUGGGCUGAGCCGGGGGGAGAGGAGGGGAGAGGAGAAACCUCUCCUCUGCGGGGUCACCUCCGUGCCCGGCGGGCGCCCGUGUCCCCCCCCUCUGGUGCACCAUGGCGUCCCGCAUCGGCCUGCGGAUGGAGCUGAUGAAGCAGCAAGCGCAGCAGGAGGCGGAGAGGGAGCGCAUGCAGCAGCAGAUGAUGAUGAACUACAUGCAGCAGCAGCGGAUGCCGGUGGCCUCCACCCCGGCCAUCAACACCCCCGUCCACUACCAGUCCCCACCACCCGUGCCCGGAGAGGUCCUCAAGGUUCAGUCCUACCUGGAGAACCCCACCACGUACCACCUCCAGAAGUCGCGGGACAAGAAGGUUCAGGCUUAUCUCUCCGAAACCUACGGGAACAAGUUUGCUGCCCAUGUCAGCCCCGUCAGCCACUCUCCCAAGCCACCACCCGCCGCGUCCCCCGGUGUCCGACCCGGCCACGUCAUGUCCUCCUCGGCGGGCAACAGUGCGCCCAACAGCCCCAUGGCCAUGCUCAACAUCGGCUCCAACCCCGAGCGGGAGUUUGAUGAGGUCAUUGAUGACAUCAUGCGCCUGGAUGACGUUUUGGGCUAUAUGAACCCCGAAGUCCACAUGCCCAACACACUGCCGAUGUCCAGCAGUCACAUGAAUGUCUAUAGCGGGGACCCCCAGGUGACGGCCUCUCUCGUAGGUGUCACCAGCAGCUCCUGCCCUGCCGACCUCACCCAGAAGAGAGAGCUGACAGAUGCCGAGAGCCGAGCCCUGGCAAAAGAGCGCCAGAAGAAAGACAAUCACAACCUGAUCGAGAGACGGCGAAGGUUUAACAUCAACGACCGCAUCAAGGAGUUGGGGAUGCUGAUCCCCAAGGCCAACGACCUGGACGUGCGCUGGAACAAAGGGACAAUCCUGAAGGCGUCUGUGGACUACAUCAAGAGGAUGCAGAAGGACUUGCAGAGGUCACGAGACCUGGAGAAUCACUCGCGGCGUCUGGAGAUGACAAAUAAGCAGCUGCUGCUCCGCAUCCAGGAGCUGGAGAUGCAGGCGCGUGUCCACGGGCUGCCCACCUCCUCGCCCUCGGGUGUCAACGUAGCCGAGCUGGCUCAGCAGGUGGUCAAGCAAGAAGCCGGCAGUGACGAGGGGACGCUGGAGCCACUGCUGCCACCUCCGGACCCUGAAUCGCAGCCGCAGGCGGCGCUGCCUCCACCACCCCAGUCUCCCUACCACCAGCUGGACUUUACCCACAGCCUGAGCUUCGAUGACGGCUCCCGGGGCUUCCCGGACAGCCUGGAGCCCGGCCACAGUGCUUCCUUCCCAUCCCUAUCCAAGAAGGAGCUGGACUUGAUGCUGAUGCAGGACACCAUGCUGCCCCUGGCCUCUGACCCCUUGUUCUCGGCCAUGUCCCCGGAGGCCUCCAAGGCCAGCAGUCGCCGGAGCAGCUUCAGCAUGGAGGAUGCAGACAUGCUGUGACGAGGAGCUGCUCCGACGCUGGGGUCAAGGACUGGACCUUCAAGUUUGGUUAGUGAAGUUACAGGGCGCUCUUCUCACGGGAGGAGCCCGUCCUGCUGCGCACUUGAAUCUACGUAGGAGUACCUUUUCUCUAUGCAACGGGGGGUCUCGGAUCAAGGCUCGCCGGGUACCGCCGUGUCUUUCGCAAGCUUUUUUUUUUGCCAGGAGCUGGAACGGAACUUCUUGGCUUGCUGUGGCGUUGGCCUGACUGCAGGUUCCCCAGCCCGGGAGCGUGUUCUCGGUUGCUUUGCCUUUCAGCGAAACCCUCCCGGACCGGAGCCCAUCCCCAGGGUGCUGGCUCGGAGCCGGAGCGAGCGGGAGCCUUCAGGUCCCUGGGAGGAGAGGGCCGAUGCUCAGAGCUUUUUGUCUGGCUUGCUGCCUCCUUGCUGCCCCGCUCCGGGACUCCAUGUUCCCAAGGAGUCUUCCCCAGCGGUGGCCUCCCAGCCCUGCGGAUGCUUCACGGUGCCAAUUCCUUCACGGUUCCUCCUUCCUCGGAGCACCCACUGCCUCUCUGUGUUGCAGGGCAGGAGGUGUUAAUUGGAGCGAGUUAAUUCACGGGGCAUGGGGGAUGUUGUCUGAGGGAGCUGGGUCCGAGGCUACGAAUUUGGGUCAAGGUUGAGGGCUUCCAAAUGGCCAGGACGGGGUGUUUGAUGCUCAGUCAACCCCCUGCUGUGACCCUGCCCUUGCGGGGGGACAUCCCCUCGGGGUUUGGCAGCACCUCCAAAACAUCGCUGGCCUCUGGACAAGGGCUUCAUGGUGCUGGGUGACCUUCAGCCUCCCUCGAGACAUCCCCGCAGAGGUGCCUCUGCCCCGUAACGCCAACCCUCGGCUCUUCAGGUGGAAAGAUAAAGGGUCUUUACGCUUUUUUUUGGGGAUACUCGUUGAAAGCGGAUGUCUUGCCCCACAUCUGGGCGUGGAGGUCCAGGCUGGGGACCAGGAGAUGGUUUGUGCCGAUGCCAAACCUGAGCUGCCGCUCUCUGCCCGUGGCUCGCGGGGUUUAUUUCUCUUCCCGGUGUCACCAGCUCGUUCCCCAGCUGGGGUGGCUCGGUGAUGGGGAGCUGCUUUGGGCUCUGCACCGCCUCCUGCCUCCUCAGCCCGGCUGGUGGUGGGGAGGGAGCUGGGCAGGGGAGGGGGACGCUGUUCACAGGGAAAAUACCGUACGGAUUUUAUCAGGGAGAGGAGGCAAGGCUGGGGAGAGGAGACCCCUUUGCGAUCCCGCGCUAUAGCACAGCAUCGCUCUCCCCCGGGCCGUGGAAGCUGUGGCGAGGUGGCUGGGAGCCUGCGCAGGGAUGGGGGUGUCACUGGGUGGACCCCAUCCUGGACCAAGGAUGGGGGAUGUCACAGGGUUGGGACCGCCAGGGGAAAGCCCAGCCAAGGAGGGACAAACAUGCUCCAUCGCGGCUGGAUUGGGGGUUGCGAGGUGGGGGACAGCCCCGGUGCCCCCCCCCGGCGAGGUGCCUGUGGGAUGUGAGGGUGCGGGGAAGUGCAGAAGGUGGGGAGGAGAGCAGGGGAAAGGAGGAGGGAGGACACGGGAUGUCCUGGAGCAUCGGGACAGGGCAGGGUCUGGCCGCUGCCCCGCAGGGGUGCAGGGAGGGCAGCAGAGGGGGCAUCGGGGCGCGGGGCUGUGUGGGUUUGGGGCUGCGCGUUCACGGGAGGCCUUGGCAUCCUUCAUGCACUGCCGUUAGUGCCUGUAAAGAGAAUAAUCCCCCCCGGCAGGGCGGCAGCACCCCAUACGCUGUGCUGAGUGCCUAUAGACGUGGGUGAUCUGUGGGGCUGCAGACACCGGAGGGUCUCCGGGGGCGCUUCAGGGCGGGCAUGUGAAAUCCUGGGUCGCUUGGGAUUAUCGUGACCGUACGGUGGUUGCGCUGGGCCCUCGCUGGUGGUACACGACACGCGCGGGGCUGGCUGGGGUGCGCGACCCUCUGCCCCGCUCCUGGCGCCGGCGGGCAGAGCACCGUCCGCUGCUCAGCGCGAGACGUGGCGUCUCCCCCAGCCGCGAGUAACCAGUUGUGGAUUAUUAUUAUUAUUAUUAUUAUUUUUUUAAUCUUUUGGGGUUUUUGUUUGUUUUAUUUUUCUUUUCUAUUUUUAAUGCACUGUGCUCUGAUUAAAAAAUUUUACUACUGUUUUAUAAAUAAAUGUAUAAAAGAAUGAACUGGAAUGGAAGAAG